GUUUUCCUCUGGCGGUAUGACGCAGCCAAUGAUACCAGUCAAUUGCCUCGGCGAUUGAAAGAACUCCGGCGGGAGUCGCCGAGUGGAAAAAUGUCACCUUGGGUGGUCCCUCGCCCAGGAAUGCUACCACAUCCACUCCCCUUACCUCGUCCCUCACCCAAACGAGUCCCGCGCAGAGUGAUUGAUGGCCCCUUCCCCGGCAGAGAAUGGGAGACCGGUCCGUCCAUCACCUCCAUCGGGAUGAUGAGCCCGUCACGUCCGUCACCGACAACGAACCCAGACCGCCCUCGCCGACGGCCACCAGUCAUUCCCGCGGCGAGGAUCGUGUCGAACGAGACGCGUUAGAACUCCACGAAAUUGAGACACAGCUGGAUCAUGAACUCAACUGCUCAACACCUUCGAUCUCCUCCGGCGAGUAUCGCAUUACCACUCGCCGGACGGCAUCACGUACCAGUCAACGCACGGAGCGAAGUCGAGCGCCACGCAAGGGGCUCGUAGGGAAGAUUGAACGCUUCUGGACACGGAACGUGGUAUUGACCGUUCCUCAGAAAAGUAACCGAGAUCACUUUGCGCUGGAGCGGACAUUCCUGGCCUAUAUCCGGACAUCGGUUGUCAUCGCAAUGCAAGGCGUACUAAUCGCCCAGCUCUUUCGCCUUCAACAACAGCCUUCCCCCGAGGAUCAAUUGACAUACUAUGAAGUGGCCAUCCCCCUUUCAGUAACGUGCCAUUGCAUUGCCGUCAUUGUAGCUGUGUUAGGCGCGUGUCGUUUUUGGAAACAACAAAAUGCGGUCGCGUUGGGAACCGUCUAUGCCGGCGGUUGGGAAUUGAACAGUAUCGCACUGCUAAUCGCACUGAUAAUUUUGGCGCUUUUUGUCUUAUCGAUCGUGAUCAUGGUUGAACUUGAAUAACACGAACCAAAGGCUCGACAAAAGUAAUAGACUUGUACAGGACAGCUCUUGGAGGGGUAUUAUAUUUUUGACCAUUAACAUAGCAAUUAGCAUUUAUGACAAGCAGAGAGGCAAGACCACUCUGCUCCAAAUCUAAUGAAACCAUGCCAUGACAUCUACAGCUUCCAACCUAUGGACUUAUCUUUUGUAGGUUUCUGGAGUCAUACUUCCGGGAAUCUUGUACACUACGGCAUUACGAAGAAAUGCUAGAGGUAUUUCAUUGAAAAGUGUAUUGCAAUCUACUGAAGUCGUACGCCUAAUAC